CCCGACGUUCGCCGGUGGCCUCUUCUCCAUCUCCAAGUCCUACUUUGAGCACAUCGGUACCUAUGAUAAUCAGAUGGAGAUCUGGGGAGGGGAAAACGUGGAAAUGUCCUUCCGGGUGUGGCAGUGUGGGGGCCAGCUGGAGAUCAUCCCCUGCUCUGUGGUAGGCCACGUGUUCCGUACCAAGAGCCCCCACACCUUCCCCAAGGGCACCAACGUCAUCGCUCGCAACCAAGUGCGUCUGGCUGAGGUCUGGAUGGACAAUUACAAGAAGAUUUUCUACAGGAGAAACCAGCAGGCAGCAAAGAUGGUCCAAGAGCAAUCCUUCGGGGACAUUUCGGAACGACUGCAGCUGCGGGAACGGCUACACUGUCACAACUUUUCCUGGUACCUGCACACCAUCUACCCAGAGAUGUUCGUUCCUGACCUGACACCCACCUUCUAUGGAGCCAUCAAGAACCUCGGCAUCAGUCAGUGCCUGGAUGUGGGCGAGAACAACCGUGGUGGAAAACCCCUCAUCAUGUACUCCUGCCAUGGCCUUGGCGGCAACCAGUACUUCGAGUACACGACCCAGAGGGACCUUCGCCACAACAUUGCAAAGCAGCUGUGUCUACAUGCCAGCGGGAGCACCCUGGGUCUUAGGAGCUGUCAAUUCACCGGCAAAGAUAGCCAGGUCCCCAAGGACGAGGAGUGGGAAUUGACCCAGGAUCAGCUCAUCAGAAAUUCAGGAUCUGGUACCUGCCUGACAUCCCAGGACAAAAAGCCAGCCAUGGCCUCCUGCAAUCCCAGCGACCCCCAUCAGCUAUGGCUUUUUGUCUAGGAUCCGGACCAUCCACAGAGGGAGCCCCCACAAGCCUCUCAGGAAACAGGAUUGCCGACAUCUGGGAACCUGAUCACCAGCUUUUCUGCAGGCUUUAGACAUGGAUUUCUAACCCAAUGGAUGUCAAGG